UCUCUCUCUCUCUCUCUCUUUAUAUAUACAUACACUUUUCUUAUCAUAUCAUGAAUAGUCAGGCCAUGUAUCUUCCAUCUGAGAUACUGUUUAGAGUCUUCAAGGAAAUUAGUCGGGAACAACAACCCGUUUUACAAAUAGUGUGUAAAUCAUGGUACUAUCCAGCCAGACAAAUCUUUUUCUCCAGCCUUCAUUUAAAUGAUAAAUGCGAUGUCUCUAGACUGAUAUAUAGUCUACAAUCCACAGGUCAGCUAGUGAAAUCUCUUAAACUGGACACGCAUACAAAACUAAAUCAACACGAUAUGAUACGCUUAAUUCGUGCAUGCCCACAACUGGGAGAACUCUGUAUCCAUAAUCUUUCUAGUUAUUUUGAAUGGUUAUUGGCUGAGCAUGUGCCUCUACCUCGUUUAAAACGACUGGCGCAGAUGGGUCGUGUCUCGUGGCGGUCGAAUGAAACCAAUGCAUGUUAUUACCGUGUUGCACAUCAAUACAGAGAUCAGCUGGAAAACCUAGAGAUCAUCCUAGCAUGCAGUCCUGUAUUUGGGCAAGAGUUUGGUGGAAUCAUGAAUUAUCUGGCUUCCUUUAAAAACUUGAGGGAUCUGUUUAUUCUAAGUGGAAGUAGGAAUGUGUGUGUUUACUUUGAUCAAUUAUUGAACCAUUGUAGAGGGUUAGAAAGAUUAAAGAUUGACCUAGGUCAUCCACUGGUAGAUCCCAGCAAUACCAACCACUUGUCCUUUCAGCUGUACCCAACCAUGCGCUCCAUUGAUAUCUUUCUGACCAAAUUCUCAUUGCCAUAUUUUCGAUACAUGAUGCAUCGCUUUGUAAAUCUAUCAGAAAUGCAUGUGCGUAUGAACCAAAGUAGAAUGGAUUGGAUAGCAGACAAGAAAGACAUUGUGUCGUUUAUGAAGAGAGAAUAUAUACCCUUUAUCAAACAACUUUCUCAUUCAUCCUUGGUAAUCAAGAUGCAGGAUGCUUCAUGUAUAGCUGACGCCAUGGCCGAAUUCACUUGCAACGACGCAGCAUCGACAGUGGAUGCUUCAUUUGAAAUUCACGAUGGACGCCAUCAACGUACAGAAAUUAGUUUGGAUAAAAAGAGAAAUAAUAAUACAACAGCACACUAUUUAUUUAUGCGUGAUUUCUCCUCUUCCGAGUCCACAGAACUACCUUUUUUAAAGCACUUGGCGACGUAUGGAUGUCAAAUAAAGAAGUUGGCUAUCCAAAUGUCAAGUUUGAUGUCAAGGUCCAUUGAUCUUGGAUUGAUUUUAAAAGAAUGUGGCGGUGUGAAGGAAUUACAUCUGUAUUUAGCGAGAAUGUGGGAACCGUAUUGUUCUUGGGAUGAUCAAAUGAAGGUAUUUCAAUCAAGGCAAUCCAAUCUUACGGUGACAACGAUAAAUGAUAAUGUUAUAAAUGAUCAUUUGGUGAGAUUACAGUUAUUUAGAGCUAUGAUCACCCCUGGUUUGAUAAACAAGAUGUCAAGACAUAUACCCAACUUGCAAUAUUUAAAUCUAUUCAACUGUACAUUUUUUAUGGAGGAUGGUAAUACAACAGAGUUUGAUAUGUCAAAUCUGGAUUUAAAAAUGUUGGUGAUGGACGUAAAGUCAUUUUAUCAUUUACCACACACGUGCUUUAAGAUUUCAUCAGCAGGUGGUGGUGAUGAAAAAAGUGAGUAUUACUUGCUGGAUGCUGCACUGAACUCAUUUGAAAAAGUAGUGCCAACAGAUAGAGUAGUGAAUAUAGAGCUUCGGUUUCAUUCGAUAGAAACAUUGCAAAUUCACGUUGGCAAAUAUUCAAAAAAUCAACGAAUUCAAGAAUAUAUAUUUUAAAAUAAAGGAGCAGCCCUAUUUGUAGUUGACCAAUCAAAUGAUGGGUGAAGUGUGCCAAACCUUGUGUUUUAGGCAAUCA